AUGGAGGGCGACCCGCGGCGCUGUCAGUGCGGCAAGGCCUUGAGAGCGCCCUGCUGGCUGCUGCGCCUCAGGCCCGGCCCUCCCUGCGGUGCCCCCGCCCGCAUCUUCCUUUCCUCCCUCCUUCUUUUCUCCAAGGUGAACUUCACGGUAGAUCAGAUACGGGCCAUCAUGGACAAAAAGGCCAACAUCAGGAACAUGUCAGUGAUCGCCCACGUUGAUCACGGCAAGUCGACCCUGACUGAUUCUCUGGUAUGCAAAGCUGGAAUCAUCGCCUCUGCCCGCGCGGGGGAGACCCGAUUCACUGACACCAGGAAGGACGAGCAGGAACGGUGCAUCACCAUCAAAUCUACAGCUAUUUCUCUGUUCUACGAGCUCUCUGAAAACGAUCUGGCGUUCAUCAAGCAGAGCAAAGAUGGUUCUGGUUUCUUGAUCAACCUGAUCGACUCUCCUGGGCACGUGGAUUUCUCUUCAGAGGUCACUGCUGCUCUGCGGGUCACUGACGGUGCCCUGGUUGUUGUCGACUGCGUCUCUGGUGUGUGUGUGCAGACAGAAACCGUGCUGCGUCAGGCCAUUGCUGAGAGGAUCAAACCUGUCCUGAUGAUGAACAAGAUGGACCGGGCGCUGCUGGAGCUGCAGCUGGAUCCUGAGGAGCUGUACCAGACCUUCCAACGGAUCGUGGAGAAUGUGAACGUCAUCAUCUCCACCUAUGGAGAAGGAGAAAGCGGCCCUAUGGGAAAUAUCAUGAUCGAUCCCGUGCUUGGUACAGUUGGCUUUGGUUCUGGCCUGCAUGGCUGGGCUUUCACUUUGAAACAGUUUGCUGAAAUGUACGUUGCAAAAUUUGCUGCUAAGGGUGAUGCCCAGAUGAAUCCAUCUGAGCGUGCCAAGAAAGUAGAAGACAUGAUGAAGAAGCUGUGGGGAGACAGAUACUUUGAUCCUGCUACUGGCAAGUUCAGCAAGUCUGCUACUGGCCCUGAUGGAAAGAAACUGCCUAGGACCUUCUGCCAGCUCAUCCUUGAUCCCAUCUUCAAGGUGUUCGAUGCGAUCAUGACCUUCAAGAAAGAGGAGGCAGCCAAACUGAUUGAGAAACUCGACAUCAAGCUUGACAGCGAAGAUAAGGACAAGGAGGGCAAACCCCUGCUGAAGGCUGUGAUGAGGCGGUGGCUGCCUGCCGGAGAUGCCCUGCUGCAGAUGAUCACCAUUCACCUGCCUUCUCCUGUCACAGCCCAGAAGUACCGCUGUGAGCUGCUCUAUGAGGGGCCCCCCGAUGAUGAGGCUGCCAUAGGUAUUAAGAACUGUGAUCCCAAGGGCCCCCUGAUGAUGUACAUUUCUAAAAUGGUGCCAACCUCCGACAAGGGCCGCUUCUACGCUUUCGGUCGUGUUUUCUCUGGUCUCGUAUCAACUGGCUUGAAGGUCAGAAUCAUGGGACCCAACUACACGCCUGGCAAGAAGGAGGAUCUGUACCUGAAGCCCAUCCAAAGGACCAUCCUCAUGAUGGGCCGCUACGUCGAACCCAUUGAGGACGUGCCUUGUGGAAACAUCGUGGGUCUGGUUGGCGUCGAUCAGUUCCUGGUGAAGACUGGAACCAUCACCACCUUCGAGCACGCUCACAACAUGCGGGUGAUGAAGUUCAGCGUCAGCCCUGUGGUGCGCGUGGCCGUGGAAGCCAAGAACCCUGCAGACCUGCCCAAGCUGGUGGAGGGGCUGAAACGCCUUGCCAAGUCUGACCCUAUGGUGCAGUGCAUCAUUGAGGAGUCCGGAGAGCACAUCAUUGCAGGUGCAGGGGAGCUGCACUUGGAAAUCUGCCUGAAGGAUCUGGAGGAGGACCACGCUUGCAUUCCUAUCAAGAAAUCAGAUCCCGUCGUGUCUUACCGCGAGACGGUCAGCGAGGAAUCCAACGUGAUGUGCCUUUCCAAGUCCCCCAACAAACACAACAGGCUGUACAUGAAGGCCCGGCCCUUCCCAGACGGUUUGGCCGAAGACAUCGACAAGGGCGAGGUCUCUGCUCGCCAGGAGCUGAAGCAGAGAGCUCGUUACCUGGCUGAGAAGUACGAGUGGGACGUCACCGAAGCCAGGAAGAUCUGGUGCUUCGGUCCCGACGGCACCGGGCCCAACAUCCUGACUGACAUCACCAAGGGAGUGCAGUACCUGAAUGAGAUCAAGGACAGCGUGGUGGCUGGCUUCCAGUGGGCCACCAAGGAGGGCGUCCUGUGCGAGGAGAACAUGCGCGGCGUCCGCUUCGACGUGCACGAUGUGACCCUGCACGCUGACGCCAUCCACCGUGGGGGUGGGCAGAUCAUUCCCACUGCCAGGAGGUGCCUGUAUGCCUGCGUGCUCACCGCCCAGCCCAGGCUUAUGGAGCCCAUCUACCUUGUGGAAAUCCAGUGCCCGGAGCAGGUGGUUGGUGGCAUCUACGGUGUGCUGAACAGGAAGCGUGGCCACGUCUUUGAGGAGUCCCAGGUGGCCGGCACCCCCAUGUUCGUGGUCAAGGCCUACCUGCCUGUCAACGAGUCCUUUGGUUUCACAGCUGACCUGAGGUCCAACACGGGCGGCCAGGCUUUCCCCCAGUGUGUGUUUGACCACUGGCAGAUCCUGCCUGGGGAUCCCUUCGACAGCACCAGCCGCCCCUCCCAGGUGGUGGCUGAGACCCGCAAACGUAAGGGGUUGAAGGAGGGCAUCCCAGCCCUGGACAACUUCCUGGACAAAUUGUAAAGGCUGCACACCCAACGUCACUGUCAUUGGUGCGGGACUCAGAGAAACUAACUAGCAUAACAGCGGGCAAAUGGUAGAACUGCAGUGACCAUCUCUUUGCAUUGUACUUAAUCAGUUUCAUAGCGAUUGGAGACUUUCAACAAAACAAAACAAAAAAAAACAACAAAAAGGAAACAAAAAAAGACAUUGAUAUUCAGCCUUAUAGGUUUCUGUGUUGCACAUGACUCAUCUGGGGCCCUACUCGGUGCCAUUGUAACGAAGCAUUUCCACUCGAUGCAACUAGAGUUGCCUGAUUCCAUAUUUAUUUGACUUGAGCUGAGGAGCGUCUCUGCUUUGUUUUGCUGAUGGGGGGGAGAGGAGAGGCUGAGGGGUGCAGGGGCUGCUCCCCCUUUCUUGGGGGGGAACUGAUGGUGCCCGCCGGUGGGGGGGGAGGGGGUGUUCUGGUUGGGCGGAAACUCGAAGGCAGGGAGAUCUUGUGCAGUGUGAUUGUCAUCAUGAGCAUCAACCAAUGUAUUAGUGCCACUGGAAAUAUAAAUUUGAUAUGGUGAUGAA